AUGAGUCCGGCAGGCUUGAGGCAAGGCCAGGAAGGGCCAACUGGUGUGGUUUUCGCGGCACACGCGAAAUAUCAUUGCGCGAUGCGGACCCCAUUGCUCACCAAGGAAAAUGUUCCUGAGCUCUGUAUGGACAUGAUCUGCAAGUUGUAUUCCAGGCACUACAACAUGCAGGUCUUGAACGUCUCUCCUGCAGACAUGGGCCAUGCGGGAAUUGCCCGGGACAGAAUUUAUUUGAUUCUAUGGUUGAAAGGCACGGUUGACCAGAUUAUGGACCCAGAAGUACUCUACAGCGCGAUUUCUCACUACAUUCAACGAUUUGUGAAGACCGAACCCAAGGACUACCUUGUUUCGUCGCAGAUGGACUAUUUCAAAGAAGCUGAACGUAUAGCUGUCAGACGUAAACUCCGUGUUCGUACGUUGAAGGCGAAUUUGAAGAAGAAGAAGGGGAACUUCUAUGACCAGUACUACGUACUAACGGAACGAGAAAAGAGGGCGGCAAAGUAUGCCUCCAAGUUGUACCGCACGAAGUUCCGACGGGAUCCCGAAAAGGCUGACAAUUUGUUCAUUCACUUGGGGGACAACCCUUGGAAGUUCCUUUGCUGGUCUGGUGUGUCAGGGAGGUUGCCCACAUUCCGUACCAGUUCCGGAAAGCUUUGGAACCCAAAACGAAAGGUGUUUUUGACACCAAAGGACAAGUUGGCAGCAUUGGGUCUGCCAGUCACGCCUCAAGUGGCCUUGGCUAUGGGCCUUCCUGUUCUUCCGAUUGCCGACAGUCUCAGAGCCUCCGCCGUGGCAGGGAACAGUUUCCAUUUCUCGUGUUCCACAGUUGUCCAGCUUGUGGCCCUUGGCUGCUACCGGUUUCAAGGUGGCAUGUACGGCAAGGGGACCAGCGAGCGUGCGGUGAAACCUGCAGGCAAGGCUAAGGCAGCGGCAGCCAAGCCGCGUCGGAAAGGCUCUAAAGUGGCUAGCAACCCAGGAUCUCGCAAGAGCACCAAGGAAGAGUACAAGCAUCAGGUUCUUGUGCGGGACUUUGUCGACAGUCAUGUGAAGACAUGGCUUCAUGGCAGCGACCCCACAUUCUUGAACGAAAAGCGAAUUGAAAGAGAACGUCGUGCUAUCCUGUUGAGUUUGGUCCUCUUCAAUUUUGGAUGGCUACCAAAAGACAGCAAGCCAGGGAGCAACAAAGAUGCUGCGAUUGAGGCUGCCAAGGCGCAGUACGAAACCCGUGGGAGCCCGAUGCAGUCAACGGGCUGGAGCCCUGCCCAGGUACACAUGUUCACCAAGUGGCAACUCAGCCAAUACGCGGAAGGAAAAAUUAGAAAAUCGGCUCUUGGUGGUUUUGCCUGGCUCUUGCCUAAGAAGGGUUCAGAUGGAAAACCAGGCGACCUUCCAGGUCCAGUUCAGAGCUACAUCAAGAGCCAGUCAAAGGAUGAUGAUGAUGAUGACGAAGAGGCCCAUCAGUCUUCAAUACAACCCUUACAGUAA